GAUGAUUCUGUUCUUGGUUGCUUGCCUGAUACUAAGGAUUAAAGCUCAGAACGGAACGAAUCCUCUCUCCUGUCCUGGUGGCUGGACUCCAGUAACACGUAACGAGAAGAUCCACUUCCGACCUUCAAAUAAUAAUUCACUUGAAAUAAUGACGAAUAGUGUAGUGGGAGGGGAAAGAGAUGAAAGGAUAAAGGUGAACUUCUACAGUAAAUACCCGAUGUCACCCUACGGCUGGAGAACCUCCCCAUCGGGAGGUGUCAUUAUCAACUUCACCCCGUCUCCUUCGUACAACAUCCUUGAGUGCAGUCCUUCCUUGAGCUCUAAAACUAAUUUCACAGUUACCCUACCCUCCGCUACAGAAAAAGUUUGGAGGAUUACCUUCUACCGUUAUACUGCCGGUACCCGUGAGGAGGCGGAGAGAUCGACCAGGCUAGUCAUCCACUGCAACAAUGAGAAAGUAGCUAAUGUGCUCCUAGACGAAUACUGUCGUGUACCGAGACGUGACUGGAAUAAAGCAUGGAACCUGAGACAGACUGCGCUAAUCAGCUUCGCCUUCGACACGGCCUCAGAUUAUUAUAGAAAGGGUAUAAAAGCAGUGGAAUGCUCCGGUUUAAAUUCCGAUUGGAAUUUAAAUUCCAAUUGGAAGAACUUGGAAGCAGAUAAAGAGUUUCCUGUAGACGCUGGAACGGUUUUGAAUCUGAGCUGCGAAGAGGGAUAUGAACUAAGUGGAGAUAGUAAGGUGACCUGCAUGAAAGACAACGAAUUCGCUUACAAUUCUUCAAGCAAACCAAUUUGUAGUCGGAUCGCGAAAUGUUACGGAAUAAAAGAAAUCGGGAAGGUAGGUAAGCACAUGGAAGCAGAUAAAGAGUUUCCAGUAAAUGUUGGAACGGUUUUGAAUCUGAGCUGCGAAGAGGGAUAUGAACAAAGUGGAGAUAACAAGGUGACCUGCAGCAAAGACGGGCAUUUCGCUUAUUCAAGCAGACCACUUUGUAGCGAGCCCGAAGAUUCUGUCGCAGUGAAGAACGGUCUGCCAGUAGGAUGGAUAGUUGCAGGGAUAAUUUCUAUACUUGGAAACUUACUCUUCACAAUAUAUUUCACACUGAUGUGCAUAAGAAAGAAAUCUAAUGGAAAGGAAGCAGUCGACGCUAAUCAGGAAUAAAACAAUGAUACUCACUUAAAAUACUAUACGAAGAACUAAAUCUUAACUAACUUUAAAAUAAACUUAUUAUUUGCCUAAAUUAGCUGCGCAAAACACAAACUUAUAAUAUUGUGACCUUUUUCUGUUGUACUUCUCAACCAUUAGGGACCCCCGGUAGUUAUCAGUAGUUAGGAUGCGAGAUUGUUUUCUUUAUUGUACUUUAUUUGCUACAGCCCCUUGUUAUUGCGGGUGUGGUAUUUAUUACUGCACCUUGUUUUGGUGGCUCCUAUACAUAAUUUGGUUUUUGUUAUACUGGGUACUGGAUACAUGGGGUACACUAUUGGUUUUCUCCUUUUAUUAUA